AUUUCCUUAGACCCGUCGUCAUCACCAUCUUCCUUUAACCAGAAAAUCGACCACGGUGGUGCGUUAAAAAAUCACUGGUUGCAACGUUCUACUCGCGGAAGCGCCAAAUCCCAACGAUACCCCAAACCCCACUCACCCUUCUUCUCCCAUAUCCUAAUCCCCAAAUUCCCUCAUUCAACUUUCCCCUCACCACCUUCUUCCACUUCCUGCAAGCUCAGCUAGGGUUUCCUCUUCUCUUAACCGCUCCAUGUCGAAGAGGAAGUUCGGAUUCGAAGGUUUCGGCAUAAACCGCCAAUCCACCUACAGCUUCGAGCGACCCCAGGCCCCUCAGCGACUCUACAUCCCUCCCUCCGCGCGUCACGGCCACGACCACUACGAAGACACCGACAUCGACAACAUCGACUACGACGACAACAACAGCAACAACAACAACAACAAGGACGACGACGACGAUUACGGGAGCAAUAAUAACAACGGUGGCGGCAACGACGAAGACGAAAUCGACCCCUUGGACGCCUUCAUGGAGGGGAUUCACGAGGAGAUGCGGGCGGCCCCGCCGCCGAAGCCGAAGGAGAAGGCGGAGGACCGGUACCGCGACGACGAGGACGACGAUCCCAUGGAGAGCUUUCUGAUGGCGAAGAAGGAUUUAGGGUUAACUCUCGCGUCGGACGCGCUGCACGCUGGGUAUGAUUCCGAUGAGGAGGUUUAUGCUGCCGCGAAAGCUGUAGACGCUGGUAUGAUUGAGUAUGAUUCCGAUGAUAACCCUAUUGUUAUUGACAAGAAGAAGAUUGAACCCAUUCCUGCUCUUGAUCACUCUUCCAUUGAUUACGAGCCCUUCACUAAGGAUUUUUAUGAGGAGACACCUUCAAUAUCAGGUAUGAGUGAGCAGGAUGUAAGUGAAUACAGGAAGAGUUUGGCUAUUCGUGUAUCAGGUUUUGAUGUUCCCAAGCCAAUAAAGGCAUUUGAGGACUGUGGGUUUUCUUCACAGAUUAUGAAUGCUAUUAAAAAACAAGGAUAUGAGAAGCCGACAACUAUACAAUGUCAGGCUUUGCCAGUUGUGCUUUCUGGCAGGGAUAUCAUUGGUAUAGCAAAAACUGGUUCUGGUAAAACUGCUUCUUUUGUACUUCCUAUGAUCGUGCAUAUCAUGGAUCAGCCUGAGCUUCAGAAGGAGGAGGGGCCCAUAGGGGUGAUAUGUGCACCUACCCGAGAAUUGGCACAUCAGAUUUUUCUGGAGGCCAAGAAAUUUGCAAAAGCGUAUGGGGUACGUGUCUCUGCUGUCUAUGGUGGAAUGUCAAAACUUGAACAGUUCAAAGAGCUUAAGGCGGGAUGUGAGAUAGUUGUUGCUACCCCUGGCAGAUUGAUAGACAUGCUGAAGAUGAAGGCAUUGACGAUGAUGAGAGCAACUUACCUGGUGCUUGAUGAGGCUGAUCGGAUGUUUGAUCUUGGGUUUGAGCCGCAAGUAAGGUCCAUUGUUGGGCAGAUUAGGCCGGACCGCCAAACCUUACUCUUUUCUGCAACUAUGCCUUGUAAAGUUGAAAAGUUGGCCAGGGAAAUCCUUUCUGAUCCUAUUAGAGUUACUGUUGGAGAGGUGGGGAUGGCAAAUGAAGAUAUUACUCAAGUUGUUCACGUAACUCCUUCCGAUUCUGAGAAAUUGCCCUGGCUUUUGGAAAAGCUGCCUGAAAUGAUUGAUCAAGGUGAUACCCUAGUUUUUGCUUCGAAAAAGGCUACUGUGGAUGAAAUUGAAUCACAAUUGGCUCAAAGAGGCUUUAAAGUUGCUGCAUUGCAUGGUGAUAAAGAUCAAGCUUCUCGUAUGGAUAUUUUACAGAAGUUUAAAUCUGGCCUCUACCAUGUGCUAAUUGCAACUGAUGUUGCUGCCCGUGGUCUUGACAUCAAGUCAAUUAAGUCAGUGGUAAACUUUGAUAUUGCAAAAGAUAUGGACAUGCAUGUCCAUCGCAUUGGAAGAACAGGCCGUGCUGGUGACAAGGACGGGGUUGCAUACACUCUUAUAACUCUGAAAGAAGCACGAUUUGCUGGUGAAUUGGUCAAUAGCUUAGUUGCUGCUGGUCAGAAUGUGUCUGUGGAGUUGAUGGAUCUUGCUAUGAAGGAUGGGAGAUUCAGGUCAAAACGUGAUGCAAGAAAAGGAGGUGGGAAAAAAGGCAAAGGUAGAGGAGGAGGUGGUGGGGGUGGCCGAGGUGUGCGAGGAGUGGAUUUUGGCCUGGGCAUUGGAUAUAAUCCUGAGUCAAAUAAUGCACCAUCUACCACAGCUCCCAGUCGAUCUGCCGCUGUAAAUUCUCUGCGAACAGGAAUGAUGUCACAAUUCAAGAGUAACUUUGUUGCUGCUUCAUCAAACUCUCAGAAUCAAGGCUUUGGUAACAAUACAAGCAUGACUGCUAAUAAGAGAACAGCACUCCCUGGUUUUGUAUCCGGUGGAUCAAUUGGUGGUGACAUAAAUACUUAUCAGAGUACUGCUUCACCCAAUCCUGCUACAUCAGCGGUAAUUUCCACCAGUCAAGGUUAUGGAGUAAAUCCUGGUCAGAAGAGCACGAACAGUUCUAAACCUAAAGAAAGGCGGAGACCAUCAGGUUGGGAUAGAUAGUUGUCACAUUGAAUGACACCCACUGCCAAAUGUAUCAAUGUUCCUAUAUUUAGGUCAAGUCAAGAGUUGAUUAUGUCUGUAUAAAUAAUGCACCAGUUUUCAAUCACCUAUAUGAUUUUAACUUCCAAGAAGUAGAAAGGUUUGAGGUUUGUUCGAUUCUA